UCUGUAUUGGCAGAUAUUUCUAACACUUUACACUUACUUGUGACUCAAUAAUACAUCUUGUUUAAUUUUAAACUGACAAAUGUGAGACGCACUUAAGUGCGUUAGUUAUUUGGUUUUAAUAAUCUUAAACGAUAUUGAAAUGAUAAUUUCUUGACGUAUCAUUCUCUCAAGAUUAGCUACUGAACACAGGUAUACCUAUAUCACUAGAAAUGAAGAUUUUAACGGUAAAAUCUACGGGGUUAACAAAUAAUCAUUUAACCGAUGCUCAAAAAUGUGCUAGAGAAAAUGAAAGUGUUCAUCUAGCUGAAACAUAUUUAAAUUAUUUGCAGAAUUUACGAAAACAUUCAGAGCUCGUGGAAUUGUAUAAAUCCAAAGAAAAAACAACUGAGGAAGCCGCUAAAAUGGUUGGAUUAGCUCUACCAGAAACAAAUUAUCAUGAAUAAUAAGAAUACUUACAAUAUUUUGCCUAGGAUAUAUUCCAUUGUAUAUUUUCAUUGUUAGAUAUUGUUUCUACCAUGAAUUCAUUAGAUGCUCGAAUAGGCUAAUAAGGCAGUAUCCAUACACUUUUGUUCAUAUUGUUUCAAAAUUCGAUUUUGAUUUCAAAUAACCAAUAGUUAUCCUAUUUGUCUUCUGUAAAAUAGUUUUUCAAUAGAGAACAUUUACACACAUCAUAAAAAUCAACUGGUUCCUGUUGAUUUCGCUUAGUUUUUUACUAACCCUUUCGUUGAAUGUUCCACAAUCUUAAAUAAGGCAUAAACUAUCACCGUAUCUUGACCCGGCUGUUAUUUAUUACUCUAUAAAGAAAUACUGACUAAUCAUUAUCCAUGAACAAAUUUCAUAUCUCUUAACAAAUUUACAUCACUAUUAGUACGGAAUUUCUGG